AUGGCCACCACCCACAGACGUCUGGACUCUGCCGCCGAAUUCGUCAUUAGCUGCGGCACUGCAACCAUUGAUGUCGAGAAAAAGAAAGUUCUCGUCAUCCGUUGCCGCAACUCGGACGAACACUUGCUGCCCAAGGGUCGUAAAGACCUCAAUGAAACCCUAGAGGACGCGGCCAAGCGGGAGACCUACGAGGAGACUGGCGUAAGAGUGAGUCUUCUGCCAGUCAACGUACCGACGCGGGCUACGACCCCAUCCUCAAUAGCCCCCAACAACCGGCCGACCCUUGUCACCGAGCCCAUCGCCGUUGCUCAGCGCGUCUCAGACGGAGUUCUCAAGAUCAUCUUCUGGUUCGUCGCGGCCGCCGACUCCACCAUUCCACCGGAGGAGGGAACGCAGCAGGAGGAUGAAGAUUUCGAGGUUAGCUGGGUGGAUGUGGAGGAAGUCGGUGACCGUCUUUCCUUUGCUGAUGAUCAGCGCAUCGCCAGAGAGGCCUGUGUUGCGGUUUUUGGACCUGGAUGA